AACUACGCGGAUGCCAAACGAAAGCUUUUAACUGGAUUUUUUUUCCAAGUAAAAAGAAUUUUGCAAACGGUGCUGCGUAGUGCGCGUUUUUAAUUUACAAUCGAAUAAUUUACAUAAAAUUUUCAAAGUUAAUUUUUAAAACCCGGUGUGCACAAUUUGUGAACAUUUUCAAAUCAAAAACCAUUGAUUGAUUUUUGCGACCAAAUAACGACGACGGCGUCGCUGCAAGCAAGGCCAUUUAAGGACCCACCUGCACUCCACUGAAGAGAUAAGUUAAACCGCACAAAACCAAAGGCUUAUUCCAUAGACCGAUGCAGAAGACUGAAACCACCACCAUUCCCACAACUUGUAAAUAGAAAUCAAGCCACCGCUCAAAAGGAGAAACACAAUUACAAGAACAACAAGGAAUUCAACUGCAAUUAAUAAGUUUAGAGACACAGUCGCAUCAAGGUAGUCACGACCAAAAUGUCAUCACGUUCCAAAGAAAGAGUUGUCACUGCGUUCCGUAAAAUCUUCCAAAAGUCCACCAACAACAACAACAAUAAUAAUAAUAACAACAAUAACAACAACAACGACAAAAGCAGUGAUAAAGUCGACGCAGUCGCCAAUGGGGCUGCCAACGACAACAACAAUGUCGUUGUGGUGGGCGCAGCCGAGGCCAUAAAUAAUGUGGCAGCCGGCGGUCCUGCAUCCUCCUCCGCAUCCACUUCCGGUGCUACGCACAACAACAGCAACAACAACAAAAAUGCGGUGGUCCGCAUGGCCCCCGAACAGCCGGUCUGCGAAUCGCCGGGCAAACGUCGUCGACAGGAUCACAAAGUGGCGCCUGCAGCUUCAAAGAAAUGCGGCUCCCUAUUGGCCGCACCUGACCAAAGUAUACGCUCGCGUCGCCUCAUGAAGGAGUAUCGCGAAAUGGAACGCCUCCAGCGACAGAAUGAUGCCGUUUUCACAGUGGAACUGGUCAACGAUAGUCUCUUCGAGUGGCAUGUACGUCUGCAUGUCAUCGAUCCGGACUCGCAUCUAGCACGCGACAUGGUUGAAUUGAACGUGCCAGCCAUACUUUUGCAUUUGAGUUUUCCCGACAAUUUUCCUUUCGCACCACCGUUCAUGCGUGUUGUAGAGCCGCGCAUCGAGAAGGGGUAUGUAAUGGAGGGCGGCGCCAUAUGCAUGGAACUGCUAACUCCACGCGGCUGGGCCAGCGCCUACACUGUGGAGGCGGUGAUUAUGCAGUUUGCGGCCAGCGUGGUUAAGGGUCAGGGUCGCAUAGCACGCAAACCAAAAAGUACAAAGGAGUUUAGUCGCCGUCAAGCUGAGGAGUCGUUCCGUUCGCUGGUGAAGACUCACGAGAAAUAUGGUUGGGUUACGCCCGCCUUGGCCGAUGGCUAAGAAACAGCUUACUUCAGUUGCUCAGCUACUCUUAUAUUUGCCAACUUAGUCAACUAAUAUGUAUUAGGAACUUAAGAACACCCCACAUAUGCAGCUCAUUUACAACUACAUACACAUAUAUACUGGAGAAGACAACGUGCGACCAUAAUGAUGAUGAUGAUGACGACUCUUCAUAGUUUUCCUCUUUAACAAUGUUUCGUUAUAAAAAUGAAAUUAUGCUAUUUGUCAAUGCGGCGGCAACGAUUCCUUUUAAUUUCACUAUUUAGUUACGUUACCGCCCGAUUCGAUGAAAACUGCAAACGAUAUCAAUUGUCUGAAAUGCUAAACCAUCCAAAAACAACAGCAAACAAGCAAAAUAUUAGUCUAAAUUCGAGAUUUAGUCUGUAAAACAUUGAAGGAAAAUGAAGGAAGUGAAGAGAAUACCUAAUAUUUAAGUCGUAAACUGAUGCUCACAAAGGCAUAGGACGAAAGGAGAAUCAAGUAUUAUUUAUUCAGCGAAUUUGAAUAAUACUUAUUGAAUAAUAAUCGCGUAGUUCUUAAAGAAACACUGAAUAUAACUAUUAAAUUGUGUUGCAUUAAGUUGUGUAAAAAUUUUAUUUAAAAUUAGAUUAAUAUAACAAGCUAAAAAAUACACUUAAAAUAAAGUACUGUGUUAUUAUGA